AUGGACAGCAUGGGGUAUGACAAGGCGCUGCAUCACUUGGAAGGCACCGGCUCAAAGUUUGCGAAGGAGACGCGUGUUCGCUUGCGAGAGUUGGAAGCCAAGGAAGGUAGCCGCACGUUUCAACCGAUCCUCACCGCUGCGGCGUUUCCCGUGGACGACGUAGACGGGGCUCCAUCGGUGUCAGCAAGACGUACGGCAGCGGCGCUGGGGGUUCGCGAGCAAGCCUUCAACUUUGCGGCGGAGCCCGCCAAGAAAUUGCUGUCCGAUCUCCAACCAACCGAGGCGAUAAAGCGCGGUGUCUACUGGUUUUGGCCCCGAGCUAAGCAAAGCAAUGCCGCCAGCGAAGAGCUGCUGGAGUUGAUGAGACAGUACUGGCACAUGGACGAGGUGUCACGCCAGCAUGGCAACUCAGCUGAGCGCGACAUGUGGAAGGAGAGCAAGUCUCCGACAGCUCACCGCCACCCUCGGCGGCAGCAUACGGAGCCGGGUGGGGGCGUGGCGGUGUACGCCAAGUUCCUCAACUGGGGGUCUUACAAGGGCUUCAAGGAGCGACAGAGUGACAACUUCACGGACCCUGGCCGUACGGUCUUCCUCUCGACGCGUUGCAAGUGCCUGGUCCUCCCUGCAAUGGAGCAGUGCGCGUGCAAGAUCCACUCGCAGCAGGUGCUAUACAUCGAGGCGCUAGCCAAUGUCGACAUGACCAGCCACAGGGAAUGCGAUUGUCGAUGGUGCAACAUAGAUGGCGGCCGCUGGUGGCGGGAAACGUGGAAGCAUAUGGGCACUUUCUCCGAUGCAAUUGCCUGCCCCAAGGUCAACUUGCGGGCAGCGGACCCAGAGGGUGACAGUUGGAUGGGGAGGAAACCGGAGGGCAACACUUUGGACUGCGCUGUGUGUGGGUUCGGGGGGACUGACGGCAUUCCCAUCUGCAGCAAGCUGGAGACCUCCGAGCAGACGGUGGGGUGGAAGAUGUUCGAGGACGUCAACUUGCGGGCAGCGGACCCAGAGGGUGACAGUUGGAUGGGGAGGAAACCGGAGGGCAACACUUUGGACUGCGCUGUGUGUGGGUUCGGGGGGACUGACGGCAUUCCCAUCUGCAGCAAGCUGGAGACCUCCGAGCAGACGGUGGGGUGGAAGAUGUUCGAGGACGUGAUAACUGUGCCUGAACCAGCGGAUGGGAAGAUCAAGGCCAAGAAGCUCGCCAACCUGACGGUGCCGGAAGAGGGCAUGCUUUGCGAUCUUUGGUUGGCUUUCAAAGAGCACACCAAGCUGUACAUGGCUCACCACUCUAUCGCCAAGUGGCAAAGGCACUGCCACGGGCGUUGCUUGGAGACGUUUCAGGACGGUGACCGUUUCAUCGAGACCGACUUUGCCGAGAGGUAUAACCACCAAUCUUACACCAGCAUGAUGAUGCCUGUUUUCCCGCAGACAACGCUCAUGGUGGCCAUCGUCCACUUCAACCCGCAGACACACGUCGGGGGUGGCAGGGUGCAAGUGACGGAAACAUGGAUCUUUGCAUCUGAGGACAUGGCACAUGACUCCAAUUUCCACCUGCACGGCUUGGCCAGGAUGGCGGACCACUACCUGCGUGGAGAUGGGAACGAAGCAACAGCUGCCGCCCGGAAAGAAGGCAGGACGCCUCGGAUUCACAUCUUUACCGAUGGGUGCAGGAAGCAGUACAAGGGAAGACGGAGUUUCCGCUUUUUGGCCGACAGCGUCUGACAACUUGGCUUCUUCAUCGACCACCACUUCGCGGCCACAUCUCACUUCAGAGGUUGCCAUGAUGGGAUCGGCGGAGUCGCAAAGAACACCUUGAAGAGGAGGGAGAGAUUUGGCAAGCGAAUCAUGGGGGCGGAUGGGGUGGUCAGCUUUUUGCGAAGCUUCUUUCGGGAGGAGGCAAGCAGCGAAGGGGAGGAGGCAGGCAGCGAGGGGGAGGAGGGUAUGAGGAGGUACUUCGCGAAGUGGUCUCCGUACCGCAUGCGGCGGGUGCACGUCGAGUUUAUCGGUAAGGAGAUCCAUCGGCCAAACUCGAUCCUGGAAGGCGUAGAGGGACACGAGAGAUGUACCACUUUCCGGGAGCAAGCACUCCCAAGUGGGAUGGGUCCACCUCAACCAAGGGACGCGAAGAUGACUGUAAGCUCGUGCUGAAGAGCGAGGGGCAGGGCCAGUUGUCGAGUCUAGAGGAGAGCCGGUUGCGGGAAGUUGAAGUGUUGGGUGCAGUAGCGAGCAGAUGGAAGGGUCAGGGGGCUGGGUUGCAGGAUCCGAUAUCGGGGGAGGAAGACGUGACUUGCAGGAAGGUGAAACGGACCUACAGUCUCAGGACUCGUUUGGCGUCGUGCUUCUGCUCGGCAUGCCGGCGUUCUGAGUAUGAGCAGUGCUACGUUAGCAAGACGUACACCCGUCUCGUUCCCGCAAUGGAGGAUAGCGUAGUGAAGGAAACGGUGAUCAUGGACACUGGAGUAGCGCCCGUAGACGAAAAUGCCUCCGAGGGGAUGAAGUUCCCGCGAUACAAGAAGGCACGCAAAAAGAAGAGAAUAACUGGGACACAGUGGCUGGACGGCGACUCUGCUACUGCAUCAAAGAUUUGGGAAGAGCUUGGGAGGAAGGAAGAGCCCAAUAUUUUUGCCCGUUUCGGGAGGUGGGAUGGCAUUAAAGU